AUGAGCAAGACGAACGCAUGGGUUUGCAAGGAUUGCUUCAACUACAGAGUGGAGUUCAAUCUCGCAGACAUGAAUAUGCAGUGGUGGUGGACGAACCAGGACUUUUUGUAUCUGAGUUUUGACCAGCCCGUCAGCUUUGUGACCACUGCCCAUCCCAUCCAGGAUGUCGUUGCGGCCGACAGUACCUAUUCAACUUACAAGCUCUCUUUCAAGCCAGAUUUUUUCCCUGGCGAUAAUCGGAUCGACUUUAACAUUGAGUUCCGAGAAGCCAACCUCACCUCCCACGUAACCACCGGAAUCAUGUGCCCCUGGUGCUAUCCAGCUCCAAUCUUCGUCGAAGAGUUCACACCCGAGGAGAUCCACGAGAACUUCCUUGCAAUGCGCGACAUCGACAUCACGGCCGAAAAGAAGACUCACAUUAACUACGAGAGAUACAAGAACAGAAUGAACAAAGUCAACAAAUACUUCAAUCUUGCAGGAUCUGUCGACGAAAUCAUUUCUCCUGACUUCGAAUGUGCGCAACCUUUCGACUCAGAGAAGUAUAUGACUAAUUCGUAUGCCCAAUGGCUCAAUACUAACGAAGCCUUGAUGGAAACCCUCCGACUAAGCCCUGAAGUAGAAGACACUUGCAAACUUGUCGAGCUCAUCGAACAGGGUGUGGACGAAAUGGCCAGAAGCUACGUCUGUCUUGACGCAAUGAAAGACCGAUUUCAGAGACGAUUUCAGUACAAAAUCGAGAAAAUCAGUUGGUCGAAGGGCCCAAAAUGCCACGGCAUCAAACUUUGA